GUCUAAUAUGAUGCAAGCGGAAAUAUAGGUACAUUAUUUUACUAAUUUUAUAUACCGGUAUCUCGCAUACACGGCCAUUUUACUACCCUAAGCAGUAUCUAUAUAAAGAGGGUGCUAGCAGACAUAAAAAAUGCAGGAGGAAGAGUUUUUGAAAAAUGUGAAAGUUGGGUCAUUUCGGGAUGUCCAAAAUAUUUUGAAGGGAAAUAUAAACGUCAACUACUGUGAUCAGUUCUCCAACACUGCCCUACAUUAUGCAGCCUCUAACAGGAACAGAGAGCUGGCCAACGCACUGGUCGAAGCUGGGGGAGACAUACUGAAGGCAAAUAUGGAGGGUCUCACUCCUUUUCAUUUUGCUGCUUUUGGAGGUAGUAAGGAGGUCCUUAAUAUUUUUCUUCAGAAGAAGCCUGAAGCCUUGAACUGUCAGAAACCUAUGAGGCUUUCUUCCCCACUCCACGAGGCUGUUAUUGGGAAGACAGUUGAUGCGGUUGAAUUUCUUCUACAGAAAACAGCAGACUGCAACCUUCAGAACCAGGAAGGAUAUACACCACUUCAUCUUGCAGCCUCCCAGAAGUCUGAAGCCAUCUGCUGUAAACUCCUGGAAAGUGGUGCAAAUGUGGAGCUUAAAAACAAGAGGGGUGAUACCUGUCUGCACCUUGCCGCUGAGAGUGCAGCACUGUCCAUAUGUCAACGUCUGGUUGAAAAGGAAGCAUCUUUGCAGGCAAAAAACAAGAAUGCAGAGACUGUCAUUUUCAGUGCUUUGAGAGGUGCUGGAGCAAAUACUGGAGCUGAUUACACUAAACUAAUCAGCUGGCUUAUUGAGGAAAACACCACGCUCUUACUAAACAGAAACAAGGAUGGGCUGACAGCUCUUGAUGUAGCCAGAGAGAUUCACCUUCCUCUAAACAUCACAAAAUUGAUUCAGCAAAAAACUCAGGAGCUGCAGAAGCAUGACCUUUUGAAGAAAAGUAAAGUGACUGACAGAGGCGUGGUGAAGCUGUUCAUCUGUGGGCACAGCAGAGUGGGGAAGACAACCCUGACACACACAUUGCAGCAGGAAGGACUUUUGUCACAGCUCCAGUAUUUUUUUGCACCAUAUCAACCUCCCUCUACACAAGGUGUGGAGAUUUCCCAAAGUACCCUUGCAGCUGGGGAGGUUAUGAUUUGGGAUUUUGCCGGGCAGAUGGAGUAUUACUUCACUCACUCUCUGCUGCUGUCCACUGAGAGUGUGAAUGCUCUUUACUGCAUUGUCUUCAGCCUUGAGCAGAUCCAGGGUGACAAGGCAGGCGGUCAGUCGGCAGCUCUCGCUCAGGUUUUGUACUGGCUGCGAUUUCUAAACGCUUCCAGAACCAACAGUGGUUCAAACAGAGCCAAGGUUUUCCUGAUUGGCAGUCAUUAUGACAAGCUGGAGAUGGACUGCAAAGAUGAUGUUGUUAAAUAUUUCUUUAACAUCCUGCACAGUAGAGCAUGUGCGCUCAGCCCUCACUUGGAUAUUGACACAGCUGUGAUUAGUGUGAAUUGUACAUCUCCCAGUGAUCUAAAGCCCCUCAGACAGAAACUUGAGGAGCAUGUUGAACAGCUACAGCAGGAUACAGCCAAUACCCCUUUCCCUGAAAUUUGCAGUGAUGUGAUGGAUGAAGUACAGAGUAUACGAUGCAAAAAUGCUGUAAAGUACAUGUCUUGGAAAGGUUUUUCCACACACCUCUGCAAGAACAUGUCUGGAAAUGUCUCUAUUGACACACUGAAGACAGCUGUAGACUACCUUCAUAACAUCUCGGAGUUGAUUUUCUUCCCCAAAGUCCUGUGUUCUGAAUCUGACACUGGGUUGGUCAUCUUGGAUGUGCAAUGGCUCUGCCGGGACAUAUUCGGCAUGUUUGGUAGUUUUCCUCUCUCUAAACUCCCAUUCUCAAAGACGAAAUGGACCACGGAUGAAGUAGCUUCCGCUUUGAAAAUAGAAAAAUCCAUGGAUAUGACAGUAAUCAUAAAAUUGCUUGAAAUGCUGGAGCUUGUUUUCUCUGAGAAUGAGGGGGAGUACAUUGUGCCUUCAUGGCUGAAAGAAGAGAAACCACAGAAUGUAUGGAGAAAAGAAAAACGCUUUAACGUUUAUUAUGGAACUUCCUACCAGUGGAGGAGUGAUAUUGGCUUGUUUUCCCAGGCUUUCUUCGCCAGGCUUCAGCUGAGGCUGAUGAAGCACUUCACCCAGGUCAAAAGAGAUGGCCCUACAGCUGAGAAGUUCAUCAUUUGGACAAAUGGUAUCAAGUGCAGUGACAUCGCUGAAGCUCUGGUGCAGUUAUCUCAAGAUCACUGUUCCAUCAACAUAGCAGUCAGAGGGUACAAAAUUAAAAGAAGCGAAAGCAGCAAUCGGGACACAAGAGAGAAGUGCUUUAAGUUGCUGGAAGAAGUUUCUUGUGAAAUACAGCAUUUGCUUCUGGAGACAGGCAUUGAACGUGAAUGGCAGAAGCUGUAUUUGAGUCCCAAGGACCUUGAGGACAAAAUGGAUGCUUCUGAUGUUGGGCUUGCAACUUAUACCAAAGAAGAAAUCUUGCAGUCUGAAAAGAGUGGGAAAAACCUUUACAAUAAAUCAUCAGUCUGUGAAGAAUAUGCUCGUGAUGUCUUAAUCGCAGGGUAUGACACUACAGUGCUUGAGAGUAUGCGGUGGGAAGCCAGCCUUCAGUGGCUGAGCGCUGGGGCAAUAGAACAACUUUGUAACCUAGAUAAAGACCAUCCUCUAGGCCUCUACUGGAAGGCUGUAAUGGAAAAACUUGACGAAUGUACCAAUCAGGAUGUGGAAAAAUUGGAAACUCAAGCUAAGCAGACAGGGACAUCACCAACAGUCCUUCUAUUAACAACCUAUCAUCGCACAACAAUACAAGACUUAUACAAUGCACUCAAGCAAUUACACAGAGAGGACUGCAUGAAUGCUAUUAAAACCAUGUUUAACAAUUUACCAUAACUUUUCUAAUACACCAAAGUAUUCCACUGUAAAUCAUCGAGGAACAAAGAGAGAAAUGUGUUCUAUGUAGCAGUUUUUACUUUGUGUUUAGGUUCAAUGUCUGUUUCGAUUAUGUCGCUCUUCAGCCUAUAUCAAUGCACACUAGGAGUUGCUACAGGCUAUCUGUACCAUGUGGAAAGUUUGUAUUGUAUUCUCUUUUACAGUCAGUGUUUCUCACAAGAAAUUUGUGAAGUCUCAUUUACUGCUAAUAACUGUGAAGAAUUAAUUAAAAUUUGUAUAAUUGGGAUGGGUAUAACAUUUGUAUCACUGUAUGCAGAUAUAUAUAAUGAGCCACCAUUCACUUCAUCCUAUAGCUACUACCAGCAGAAUGUACUUGCAUGCAUUUGCUAGUAAAGAGGCCAGUUUCAUGUAGACAUAAAUACAUGUUUGUCCUGAAAAAUCAAAACACUGAACCCUCUGUGAAAUGGAAGUUAAGAUAGAAAUGUCAAAGAUGUCAAAGAUAUGCACAGUUUUUUUUUUUCAUUAUUGAAAUACACCCUUCAUUGUGUGUCAAUUUUAUAAAGACAGUUAUGUAAAGUUAACUUUUGAUGUGGCCCUCUUAACCAACUGGUGAGAUAAAACCAUACAAUGGUUUGUAAUUAGUGAUGUAUUAUAAUUUUAUUCCUAGGAUUUAAUUUUUUUUUUUGCUUUGAAAAAAAAAAUAAAAUGGGGGAGUUGUGUUUUUUUGGAGAACAAUA